AUGGCGUCGCAAACUCAAGGAAUUCAACAGCUGUUAGCUGCUGAGAAGAGAGCUGCCGAAAAGAUCAACGAUGCUAGGAAGAGAAAAUUCCAGCGCAUGAAGCAAGCCAAGCAAGAAGCUCAAGCUGAAGUAGAGAAAUACCGUCAGGAGCGCGAGCUUGAAUUCAAAAAGUACGAGCAGACUUACCUUGGAACUAAAGAGGACACUGAAAGCAAAAUCCGUCGUGAUACUGAGAAUGAGAUCGAAGCUAUGAAGAGAAAUGUAGCUGCAAAUAAGCAGCAGGUUAUUGUUCGUCUGCUACAGCUGGUCUGUGAUAUUAAACCAGAAUUGCAUCAUAAUCUUAUUCUUCAGAAGAAGCUUCAUGGCCAAUUCUCUUAA